GAUUGUGUGGAUAGUGAGGGAUGAUCUAUAAAGUUGACUUACUAACCGCCUAGUCAACAGCGUUAACAUCAAUUUUCUUCAAGACCAUCUAAGAUUCGACAAAACAGUAUCUAAACCUUCGAGCCAUCUCCUACAACUAAUUUCAAUCAAUCUUCCAUCUAAUAUAAUACUCCGACAUGUCUACCACUAACACAAAAUCGCCCGACAGAACAGCAUUCAACCAAACAGCUUAUUCACCACCCUUCUCCACCGACGAGCCAAAUAACAGACAAAGAGCCACAGCCGGAAUCAACACGAAUCCAUUACCGAAUCCUCCAACCUCAGAAGGACUUCGCGCACCAGCAGGAAAUCUACUUAAAGGCGCCACAGAAGCAGACGGCAGUCUAAAACCAGCCGCUGUAAUGGUCGGUAUCAAACUUGAUCUCGAAGCCGAAGUUCACCUGACGGCACGCAUACGCGGUGAUAUCGUUAUUGGACUUUACUGAGAAAAAAGAAAGAAGAAAAAAGAAUGUUGCAUUUGCGUUUUGCAUUAGCGAGGGAUAGGGAAUAUUAAUUAAUUAAUUAAUUAAUGCGAUGGAUUGGAAUUUUCUUGAUAUUUUUUUUCUUGCGGGUUGGGAGGAUUUGCAGGUGCUUUCUAGAAAUAUGGGACGGAAAAUUGGUCUAGUUCUUGCUUUGGAUUUUUGGAAGUUUGUAUAAAAGUUAGAAUUAUAAUUAGACUUUUAGAGUCAGAAAAUAAAAACUCGAAUCA